AAGCCAGUACCAUCAGUAGUAGCACUGUACAGUCUAAAGCUAUUGGAAGAGGUCAACUGGACACAACAACUCUCGCUACUGACACAGCCACAAUGGCUGCAGCACCUUCUGCUGAGACCUCAGUGCCUGCUGUCACUACAGCCCAGAAUCUUCCCCAAAAUUCUCCAGUAGAGACAGGAAUAUUGGGUAGCACCAUCGCUUAUACCUCUGUUCCUAAUACUAAUGUGCCAACAGCAUCAUCUUACCUUCAGAACACGGGCACCACAGUUCCUGUGGGUGGAGUGACCACAUCCAUGCCAGGUACAGCACCAGAUAUGAAUAUGUCACAACCACCAAAUACACCAAUGACAAACACUUCAGGGACUCUGGGUACACAAUCAACCACGAGCACUUUACAGACACCAGAUUUUACUUCAUCUAACAUCACUAAUUCCACUGACUGGGAGCAGCUGGCCCAAUGGCUAGACCUAUUAAGCCAGAAUGGGUCUAUGGACAUAGGAAUGGACAUUAUUCCAGCAUUACAGAAAUACACUUCUUCAGCUAGCCCCUCUGGAAUCCAUAAAGAUGAAGUGGUCCUCAUUGUCUAUAUUCUUGGGAAUGUUACACAAACAGCUGUCCAAUCAAACAUGACUUUUCCUAUUAGCGUGGUCCUGGACAUUCUCACUAUCACUAACCAUCUUCUGAACGAAUCUUCUUGGAGUCCAGCCUCCAGCUCCCACAAUGCCAUUGGUCCCCAACUUUUGGAAAGUUUGGAGAUAAUUUUAUCAAGGAUGGCAAUGUCUAAAUCAUCUUUCAAUGUGUCCAAAGAAAAUAUUGACUUCUACUGCUUGGUUGCUCCCUGCAGUAACUUGACCAAUCAGACAGCCUUGAGACUUCCACGUGGUAGUCUUGCAUUAUCUGCAGAAGACAGCAAGCAAGACUUUGGUCCUUCUUGUCUAGUCAACAUUUUUUUACUGUCCUACAGGCAACUAAGCAUAGGAUUUCCAGAUAACUAUGACAAAGACCUGGGUGCACUUAGAGUGGACAGCAACAUCCUAACUAAUGUCAUGUUGCUUGGAAAUGAAAGCUACAGCAACCCUAAAGUGAACUUGAGAUUCCAAUGUAACAGCAGAGACUGUGACGAGACAGCCACAUGUGCAUUUUGGAAUUUCUCCACAAACAGUUGGUCUUCUGAUGGGUGCACCACCGAAGUCAUGGAUGGUGUCACCAGCUGUGUUUGCCAGCAUCUUACUUCAUUUUCUGUGCUGAUGGCGAAAUUCAUACCAGAAAGCCUACUAAACUCCCCCAUACUUGACUACAUCACAAUCACGGGUCUUGCCAUUUCUAUAGCAUCUCUUCUUCUUUGUAUUGCAUUCCAGGUGUAUGUAAUGAGGGUUCCAAUGAACCUUGUAGCUUACUACCGGCAUACGGCUAUCCUCAAUGUCUCCAGUUUCCUGCUACUGAGUAAUAUAUCAUUUAUAGCCACAAGUUACAUCAGACCAAAAGAGCACAUAAGGCUUUGUGUUGGGUUGACUUUCUUGACUCAUUUUUCUCUGAUAGCAUUUUUUUGUUGGACCUUGGUCCAAAGUAUCUUCUUAUUCUGCCGCUUGGUUUUCGUAUUCCACCACAUAACCAAGAAGGAAUUCAUGGGCCUUUCCAUUGGUCUUGGGUAUAUAUGUCCCAGUGUGAUAGCUGUAUGGACCUUCCUUUACUACACACCUACGAAUGAAUACAAUAAGGUCAAUGUUUGUUGGCUCAGCAGUGACUCUGGGGCAUCAAUGGCUUUCAAUAUACCCACCAUUGUUACCAUAUCUGGAAAUUUUCUAGUGCUUCUUGUGGUGAUCCGUAAGCUACUCAGACCAUCUAUUUCUGAAGGCAACAGUGAGGAUGAGGAAGUUAUUAAGAAGCUUUUGAAGGCCAUUGUAUUCUGCACCCCACAGUUUGGAUUGACCUGGGCUGUUGGGAUCCCCUUACUGUCUGAUGGGAGUGUAAUAGCUUUACAUUAUCUUUUCGUCUUGCUCAACCCACUCCAAGGGUUUUUCAUUUUUAUCUUUGGUUGCCUGCUCGAUAAAAAGGUGAUGGAUACGGUGAAGAAGCGGAUAUAUAAGUCCUCUGUCUUCAGCAGCACUGCAACAACUGUCAGCUCCUACUGAAGACCACGCCUGAUGGUAAUAGGACAAUAAAGGGUCACCCACCAAUAAGUGGGAUUUCGGUGGAGCCUGAACUGGUUUCCUGUAUAUCAUGGGAGGUCCAAUGUAGAGCUUUCCCCAGUCUAGUUUCUGACCCCGCUCAUCUUGGAGUCUCACUUCUGCUGCCACAACAGACACUUCUGGAUGUUGUCAGUCUUGCAUUUGUUUUGUAGAUUAUUACAUGACAGUGUCUUUGUAUGUCACCAUAUUAUAAACUUUUGUAGUAUAAUUUUAAUCCCAGCAAACAAGAUAAUUUCAGAUUGAUUUGUGAUCUGUAUGAUAUUGCAAUUUUCUCUUUCUUUACAGUGUUCAGAAAUGUGGAUAUAUGGAACACGGCUCCGUCCUUUUAAGAGUAGUUCUGCCCCCUCCGCAAACAAUUAAAAGUCAGCAGCUACACAUACUAGGCUAGAUUCAGAUAGGUUAGCGGAUCUGAUUUACGUUACGCCG